UACCUAAGGAAAGAAAUAUGUAGCCUACAGUGCCAUGGGUCGUGUGGCCUCCUUUUUACUUCAGACAGAGUAAUACACGUCAGCACGUGAUCCUGUGGUUAGAGGGAAACCAUAUAAGCAAGUGGAGAUGAGUGUGUUUGUUCAAGUUACCAGACAAAGGCAACAGAGCUGCGACUGAGAGGCUGAUCGUCACUGAGGUGAUAUCAUGGAUGAGACAUUUACGACGUUAAUGACCACAGAAACAAACUAUUAUGCAACUGACACGUCUGACUUCACAGAUGACUAUGACAUCGGGCAAAAUGAAAACACAGUGUGCAGCAGAAGCUGGGUGAGGGAGUUUCGCGGGAUGUACGAACCCCCUCUCUUCUGGAUCAUCUUCAUCCUCGGUGCCCUGGGCAACCUGCUGGUGGUUUGGAUCUACACCACCGUGCGGAACCGCCUGAAAACGAUGACCGACGUGUACCUUCUAAACCUGGCUGUGGCCGACCUGCUCUUCCUGUGCAUGUUGCCCUUCUGGGCCGUCGACGCCAUCAAGGGCUGGGACUUUGGCAUCGGUGUCUGCAAAUUGGUGUCCGCUAUCUACAAAAUCAACUUCUUCAGCAGCAUGUUUCUGCUCACCUGCAUCAGCGUGGACCGCUACAUUGCGAUUGUACAGGUCACCAAAGCCCAGAACCUGAAGAAAAAGCGGCUGUUCUACAGCAAACUUGCCUGCCUGGGUGUCUGGUUGCUCUCCACUCUCCUGGCCCUCCCUGAGUUCAUCUUCGCCCAAGUGAAGACCAGCACCAAAGGCCCGUCCUUCUGCACUCUGGUGUACUGGAACAACGAAUACAACCGGACUAAGAUCCUGGUGCUGUCCCUGCAGAUCUGCAUGGGCUUCUGCCUUCCCCUAAUCGUCAUGUUCUUCUGCUACUCCGUCAUCAUCCGCACACUUCUGCAGGCCAGGAGCUUUGAAAAGCACAAGGCCCUACGUGUCAUCUUCGCUGUGGUACUUGUGUUUGUUCUCUCUCAGCUGCCUUUCAAUAGUCUGCUCAUAGUGGAGGCCACACAGGCGGCCAACACCACCAUCACCGAUUGUAACACGGUGAUCAGUUUUGACAUAGCUGGACAGGUUGCCAAGAGCCUGGCGUACACUCACGCCUGCCUGAACCCUCUCCUGUACGUCUUCAUCGGCGUCCGGUUCAGGCAAGACCUGCUGAAGAUCGUGAGGUGUGCCGGCGGCCUGGGCAAAGCAGGGCUCAUCAAAACACAGUCAGUUCCCAAACGUCCCUCGGUCAUGUCAGACACUGAGACGACCCCUGCCCUUUCCAUAUAAACGCAUGUUUCAUUAAAGGUCCACUUUGUAAGGAAGUUGAUUUUUGAGUCUGUCAAACACAGACACUAUGGGAUGGCAACUGACCUGACUUACGAUCCAACAGCGCAGUUUUUUGAUGAGUUAGGAAACCCAAAGCGUCAGUACUUGACGAGUGAGAUUCAAAAAUCAGCCCUCUUCAAAAGUGGACCCUUAAAAUCCCGAACCUGAGAACUGAGCCUUGAUCACCAUGAUCAUCUCUUACAUGUCGUUCUCCAAGCAUUACCUGCUACCAGCAUAGCAACAAAUCACACUUUCAAACAGCGAGCAAAAAAGUCUUUACAGUUUAUAUUCAUUACAUUCAUACUAUGACAGUUUUAAAAAACCCCACAGUUUUUUUCUGGAAUAACUGUAUACACUGUACAUUACUGUAAAUACUGUUUUUUUUGAAAAGUGUUUUUCACAUUUGUUCCAACGUGUUAGUUCUCGUGUGCUGCUGUAACUAGGAAAAAAAACCAAAAAACAAUUGUGAUUUUUGAUUUUUCUGUUACAAAAAAUAAAAAAUGAAAAAAAACAAAAA